GUUUGACAGUUAUAUUCAGACGGACCAUCGUUUAGCUACCUACCCAAUACUGAUUGAUCUCACGAGAGUGGAAUUUUUAAAUUCUUAUUAAAACAAAGAAGCGAAUUUAUAUUCGUCCUUGCCGACAAGAACAACUAUUUAUUUCGCUUUUAGUGACAAAUCUUGUGUGUAUUUUUUCAUUAUAACGUUUCCUAGUCUUUGCGUGAAAUCUGGCUGUUUUACAAGAAAUUUCAUAUAAGCGCACAAAAAGAAGGAAAUUGUUUUCAAACCACGUAUGGAUUUUUGAUGUUUACCAUUUUAACUAUUAAAUGGUGUCUCGGCUUAGCUUAGAUGUUGCGUUGAACCGAUUUUAAACUAAGGUACACAUAUUUUUGCUAAAUGAGUACGCAUAUUUUGUAACUCUAUUGACACCCGAAAAUCAAAUGGGUCCGAUUUUUUGAUACAUAUCGUCUAGUUUGGGCAACCUAUUCAAAAUAAGUUAAAAUUAUGGGAAAAUUCUCGGGCAAGAAGUGCCGUCUCCUGUCCAUGUUAUGGCUGACUGGGACUUUCUUUGUAGUGGAGUUAAUAGUUGGCUAUGUGACAAACUCCAUGGCCCUUGUCGCCGACUCCUUUCAUAUGCUGAGUGAUGUAGCCGCACUUGUGAUUGCUUUCUUAUCUGUUAAGAUGUCACCAAAGAAAUGGUCAAAGAAUACAUUCGGCUGGGCGCGCGCGGAAGUGCUAGGAGCGUUAGUUAACGCGGUGUUCCUUGUCGCGUUGUGUUUCAGCAUAACAGUGGAGGCCGUGCAGAGGUUCAUCAAGAUCGAGACGAUCCACAACGCGAAGCUACUUGUGGCGGUGGGGACGCUCGGGUUAAUACUGAACAUCGUUGGACUGUUCUUAUUCCACGAACACGGCAGCAGUCAUGGCCACACGCACGGUGGUGUUCCACCACCUGCCAAUGUCAGGCACUUAACCGAACUGGUGAACAGUAACGCGGACAUGGCAUUGGGUCAUGCGGCCACUGAUACUGAGGAAACCGAUGAGAUGGUACCACCCAAAGUGGAUAAGCUACCGAGCAAGCAAGCGCCCAAAGCGCCUUCUGAUCCUGGACAUCUGAACAUGAAGGGCGUUUUUCUUCAUGUUCUAUCUGAUGCUUUGGGUUCGCUGAUAGUGGUGAGUUCGGCGCUAGUCGUGUGGUUAACAAACUGGGAGUACAAAUACUACAUCGACCCGGCGCUCAGUAUCGUUCUAGUCAUUUUGAUCCUCGCGUCUGUGUGGCCGCUACUAAGGGAGUCGGCGCUCAUACUCCUCCAGACCGUACCUACGCACAUACAGGUAGACGCGAUACAAAGGCGUCUGCUGGAGAAAGUGGACGGUGUCCUCGCAGUGCACGAAUUCCACGUGUGGCAGCUUGCUGGAGAUAGAAUCAUCGCCAGCGCCCACAUUAGGUGUAGAAAUUUAUCAGAGUAUAUGAAGAUUGCGGAAAAAGUAAAGGAAUUCUUCCACAACGAAGGAAUUCACUCCACGACCAUACAACCGGAGUUCGUGGAGCUGCCCCUCGAUGGAAACGAGAUAGUCAGCGGAGCGUCGGCGGAGGCCCCGUGCGCGCUGCACUGCCCGCCCAACGACCUCUGCCACAACGCCACUUGCUGCGGCCCCAACCAACAGAAACAAAGCACACCAUCUCCAACGGUCACGCCGUAUUUGUGCAGACAAAGGAACAUGGGUUCCAGGACGGAUUCGAUGAAUUCAAACCUCGGAGCUAACGGGCAAAGUGGAGCUACCACGAGGAAUCUAGACGCCUUAGAAUGCGGUUCUCUUUUGCCAUCGCCAAUGGCAGACGGACGCUUGGCGGUGUGACAGGGGGCCGCAUAAUUACCCCUACACAUUUUAUCUGUGAAAUUAAAACACACACACACACAAAUAAAAUCACUCACACAUAGGUAACUUAAUAAAGUAAAUCGAAUGAAUGGAGAAUAAAUAAAUGUAAUCACGAAUGAAAUAAAUUUAAUUAAUUUUUAUCAAAAAAUAUAAUUACGUUUAGAUCUAGUAAGCGAGAAAAUAUUUUAUUUAUUGGUUUUAUAUGGAUCGGUUAUUUAGAACGUUCGUUGUUAUGUUGGUUUUUAAUUAAAAUCGGUUUUCAUGACGAUAAGACCGUAUCUACCUUUAAAAAAUUAAAGUUUCGCACUCCGAUAAUAUAUUAGAUAAAUAAUCGUGAACUACAAUGUAAAAUACGAUAAAGUAAUUUAAGAAUAUUAGAAUCGCUUGAAUUAAAAUAAAUUUUGAAGAAAAAAGAAAAGAUGUGUUCGUAGCCGUAAGCGUUUUACAUCUAAUGUAUCUGUUGAAGCCCUGUUCCUAACAAAAAGUAUUCGUUUAAAUAACCGUUAUGGUUUUAAAUUAAACGGUUCUUAACCAAAACGAAUAGUUUUUCGAAUUUGGAAGGUUUUUAGGAAAUGUACCAAAUGUUGUUGGUAAUAUAGAAAUCAUUUAAGUAAUAGUGAUGUAAACACAUAAUAUAAUUUAAAGUCUACAAGACAAGUAUGUCAGGGUUAAUAGAUUUUAAGCGAUAUUAUAAAAGAUUAGACUUAGUUUUUACAUUAAGUAAAUAGAAUAGUUUAUUUUUUCUUUUAUUGUUUUUUUUUUUUUUUUGUACACAGCCUAAUCUUUUAUAUUAUCACGCCUAGUAAUUACAAACACGAGUCUUUUGUAUAAUUUCAAUUUUCGCAAUAUUAAUUGUAUUAUAAUAAAAAAAAAAUAGUACAAAAUUA